AUGAUGCUUAUUUGGUUAAACAAAUAUAUUUUGGAACAAGACAGGAACAAUAUGAUAAGGCAUCUCUUAUUAAUUUGUUGGAUGAUCCAUUGCACUAUAGCUGAUCCAAAAGUUGGAAAGGGUGCAGCUCCUUCUUCUCCUCUUCCUAAGCGAACAUGGUUGACUCUACACGGUGAUGAACCAGUAGUAGUUGCGAAUGGGGGAUUUUCGGGUCUUUAUCCCGCACAAACAGAUAUAGCAUUUAGUCAAUCAUUUGUAUUUGAAAAGGGUGGUACUGUCUUGCUAUGUGAUCUCCAUAUGAGUCGCGAUGGACAGGGCUUUUGUCUCUCACAGUUAAACCUCCAGAAUACAACAACUGCAGCUGAUGCUUUUCCAAAUCGUAAAAAAUCCUACAUUGUUAAUGGAAAAGAACUUCAAGGAUGGUUUGCAUUGGACUUCACGAGUGAAGAGAUGUUAAGUAAAUUGUUUGUAACCCAAUCAAUAUUCAGCAGAACAGAUUUAUUUGAUUUUUCAUCACCAUAUCCCACUAGCCUAUUUUUAGAAGAAAACAAGAAUGCUGUAGUGUGGAUCAAUGCCGAGUAUCCGACAUUCUACAGCCAGCACAAACUGAGUUUGGUGGAUCAUAUUAAACAACUCUUGGAGAUAAAGAAGGAUAUCUCUUACAUGUCGUCUCCAGAGAUUGGUUUCUUGAAAAGCAUGGGACCAAUUGUGCAAGGUCUCAAAAUGAAGCUAAUGUUCAAGUUUCCCGUUGAUAGAAAUGUAGUUGAACCCAUAACAAAUGAAACAUAUUCUUCACUAUUAACAAAGUUAUCCAUGAUCAAGACAUUUGCUGCGGGAAUUGUUGUGCCAAGAGAGUACAUAUGGCCCGUCAAUAAAGCUCGCUAUUUAGAGCCUAGUACCAAUCUAGUGGUUGAUGCUCAUAAACAAGGUCUUGAAGUUUUUGCAUUUGGAUUCGCAAAUGAUAACUUUUUGCCUUACAAUUACAGUUAUGAUCCACAAAGAGAGUACUUGCAGUUCGUUGACAACUCGCAGUUUCUUGUUGACGGUGUGGUCACAGACUUCGUUACGACUGCAUCAAUGGCCAUUGCUUGCUUGGCAGGGAGUCGAAACGCUUCAAGGAAAGUCCCUACUCUGGUCAUUUCUGCAAAUGGAGCCAAUGGAGAUUAUCCAGGAUCAACAGAUCUUGCCUAUCAAAAAGCAGUAGAUGAUGGUGCUGACAUAAUCGAUUGUUCUGUCCAAAUGACAAAAGAUAGAGUUGCCUUCUGCUUGCCUUCAGCUGACCUUAUCCCAACCACCACUGCAUUCGGAAAAUUCAUGAGUCGAGCGGCUAAGUUCGAUGCAAUUCAAUCCUCUAUGGGAAUAUUCUCUUUUGAUUUAACAUGGGACGAAAUUCAAUCAUUAAAACCUAAAAUGUUCAGUGAAUUUGAUGGAGAUUUGGCAAGGGAUCCAGCACGCAAGAAUGUGGGCAAGUUUGUAACUCUCUCAGAUUUCUUGGAAUUUGCCAAGGAAAAGGCAGUUCCUGGAGUCUUGAUUAACAUAGAAAAUGCUGCCUACCUUGCAGCCAACAAGGGUCUUGACAUUGUUGGUGCCGUCACGACUGCUUUGAGCAAUGCCACACUUGAUAAGCAGUCGAAUCAGAAGGUUCUAAUCAUGUCAGGUGAAAGUUCAGUGUUGGACAAAUUCAACGAUAUCCCCACUUACCAAAAAGUACUUCACAUUAAGAAGCAAGUGGAAUUUGUAACCAAUGAGACGGCAUUGGAAAUCAAGAAGCAUGCAGAUGCGGUGUUUUUACAUAAGCAUUCCUUGUACACACAAUUUCGAGGAGAGAGUUUCAGUCUGAACUUCACUAACCUUAUUGAUUGUAUGCAUUGGGCCAAUAUUAGUGUCUAUGCUGGAACUGUUCGAAAUGAAUUCCAAGAUAUUUACAUGGAUUAUAGCUCUGAUCCUUAUAUGUUGAUCCAUAACCUUAUUUACUAUGGUGCGGAUGGAAUCAUAACCCAGUACCCAAGCACUGCAAAUGCAUAUAGCAGGAACUUGUGCACUGGGGUUCCAAAGGCAUAUAGGAUACAAGACAUAAAUCCAGGGGAUGUCAUAAGAUUUGCGCUUGAUCCAAAAGAAGUAGCAGAGUACAAGCCUCCGCCUCCUGUGCACUUGGAGACUAAGGACUUUGUUACUCUGCCAAAUCUCCUGGUACAAUGAGAAUAUUUAUAAACCGUUAUGAUAUGCAGUUUUUAACAAAAAAUAAUAUAUACUUAUUAUAGUGUCCUUGGGCAAUGAUUUAAUUAUGCCUUCCUUUUUCUUU